AUGCCACUGUCCUCCACUCUCCAUUUAUCACCCACCACCACCACUCCCCUCCCAUCUGUCAGGCCACUGUCCUCCACUAUCAAUUUCUUCCCCACCACCACCACCACCACUCCCCUACCAUCUGUCAGGCCACUGUCCUCCACUAUCCAUUUCUCCCCCACCACCACCACCACCACCACCACUCCCCUACCCACCACUACCACCACCACCACCACCACCACCACCACCACCACCACCACCACCACCACCACCACCACCACCACCACCACCACCACCACCACCACCACCACCACCACUCCCCUACCAUCUGUCAGGCCACUGUCCUCCACUAUUCAUUUAUCACCCACCACCACCACCACUCACCUCCCAUCUGUCAGGCCACUGUCCUCCACUAUCCAUUCCCCCACCACCACCACAACUCCCCUACCAUCUGUCAUGCCACUGUCCUCCACUCUUCAUUUAUCACUCACCUCCACGACUCCCCUACCAUCUGUCAGGCCACUGUCCUCCACUAUCCAUUUAUCGCCCACCACCACUCCCCUACCAUCUGUCAGGCCACUGUCCUCCACUAUCCAUUUAUCACCCACCAUCACCACCACUCCCCUACCAUCUGUCAGGCCACUGUCCUCCACUAUCCAUUCCCCCACCACCACCACCACUCCCCUACCAUCUGUCAUGCCACUGUCCUCCACUAUCCAUUUAUCACCCACCACCACCACUCCCCUCCCAUCUGUCAGGCCACUGUCCUCCACUAUCCAUUUCUCCCCCACCACCAUCAACACCACUCCCCUAUCAUCUGUCAGGCCACUGUCCUCCACUAUCCAUUUCUCCCCCACCACCACCACCACUCCCCUACCAUCUGUCAGGCCACUGUCCUCCACUAUCCAUUUCUCCCCCACCACCACCACCACCACCACCACCACCACCACCACCACCACCACCACCACCACCACCACCACCACCACCACCACUCCCCUACCAUCAGUCAGGCCACUGUCCUCCACUAUUCAUUUAUCACCCACCACCAUCACCACCACUCACCUCCCAUCAGUCAGGCCACUGUCCUCCACUAUCCAUUCCCCCACCACCACCACCACUCCCCUACCAUCUGUCAGGCCACUGUCCUCCACUAUUCAUUUAUCACCCACCACCACCACCACUCACCUCCCAUCUGUCAGGCCACUGUCCUCCACUAUCCAUUACCCUUCCACCACCACAACUCCCCUACCAUCUGUCAUGCCACUGUCCUCCACUCUUCAUUUAUCACUCACCACCACCACCACUCACCUCCCAUCUGUCAGGCCACUAUCCUCCACUAUCCAUUCCCCCACCACCACCACAACUCCCCUACCAUCUGACACGCCCACACUUGAGCUUGUUGCCUCAUCUGUUUUGGGCUAA